AUGAGUGUUGUGAUUCAAACAGAACUGUGUCAAAUACAGACUGUCAUACAGUUUGCGGUAUUUUCAAUUCUUGGAAAGUUGGACUGUCAUCGAGCAAUUUCGGAUGCAACAAUAAUUGAAAAUGUGUUUAUGGAGAGGGAACCUGUACCAAAUGAAUAUGGCUUUGAAGACAAAUUCAAAAGUAUUCACUGCUGUGUCAAAGGAUACCGAAGUAUUGAAUGGUUUAAAGACGGUGUGGCAUACCCCUGGUCUGCAGGCGUGUCCACAUUUAUUCUGUACCCGAAGGCAGCAAAUCAGACUUUAUACACGCAGCGACCGUCAAGAGCUGAUUCCGGCAACUACACUUGUCGAAUCAGCAAUGAGACGCACAUAAAAACGCACACUGUUACACUCAACAUCUUAGAAAAGCCAACGGACACACCGAAAAUAAUGUUCAUUUCGAACGAUCAGUCGGUAGAGAUUGGGGGCGGACUUCGAUUGUACUGCGAGGCUCUCGUCGGUCGAUCGUACUUGGCGGACGCUCGGAGUGAUCUCCAGUGGCGAAGGUUGUGGCCUAAUGGCACCGAAGGAGAUUUACUACCUACACAAUUUGAAAAUCAGACUACACGGGAGGAUGUGAAAGACAUUGUGGGGUCGUACCUGACCGUGGAGCGGGUGUCGGCGCAGGACUAUGGGACGUUCGUCUGUCUCGUACAUAGCAAUGGAGCCGUCACGAGGAAACACGUCACUGUGCACUACAGAAACGGCGAUUCGGAUAGCACGUCGGAGUCGUCUUGGUGCGGCGGCGGCGCCGUGCCGUGGCGCGCGCUGGCGCUGGGCGCGGCGGCGGGCGCGCUGGCGCUGCUGUCGGCGGCCGCGCUGCACCGCCGCUGCACGCCGCGCCUGCUGCUCGCCGCGCGACACGCGCGCGCGCGCCACCAGCCCCCCGCCGCACGAGCUAGAGUACUGGAGAAGGAGUUCGAUGUGUUAGUUUGUUGGACAGCCGUAGACGGCGAGCUGGUGCGAGGAGCGUUACUUCCGACUCUCUCGCUCAAAUACAAGUACAGAGUGCAUGCGGUGUUGCUGUCCACGCAGCCUGACACGUGGUACAGCGAGCUGGUGGGCGAGGCGUCUCGUUGCCGCUCGCUGGUGGCGGUGCUGUCCCCGGCGCAGUACGAGCCGCAGCAGCUGCUCACGGCGCUGAGGCAACUGCGCGCGCUGCCCCUGCCGCCCGUCGUCGUCUUACUGCAGGACCUACCGAAGCUGAAGCGGGAAGCGAAGGAGGGCGGCGAGAGCCUGGUGUCGACGCUGCGCGGCACGCGGCUGGUGGCGUGGCGCCACGUGCACGAGCGCGCCUUCUGGACGGCGCUGCGCCUCGCGCUGCCGCUGCCGCCGCCCGCGCAGCGCCCGCGCCGCAACACUGAAUCGAAACCAAACCCGUGUGACGCCGAGGAAAUAAAGAACUCCCGCUCCGGAAGUUUAACGGCACUCGUGUAA